UAGGUCCCGGAACAUCAACAAACAUCUAUGUGUCGUAAAAAUUAUUUCAGUUACAAGAUUACUAAGAAAACGGUUUUAUAAUAUUUUUAAGUCUUGUAGAUGUAGUAGUAACGAAAUAAAAAAAAGUAGCCAAUAUUUUAAUAAAAGGUUAUUAGAGGCAAUUAUUGGUAACGUAGCGGUAUUUCAACCCCUGUGUAAAUUGUUCGCGUUUCAAAAACUACAAUGUCUGAACGGUCCAUUUGGACUUUCACGAUUAUUUGUUUAUAUUUAAAUAAUGUUCGCGCGAUUUACUUCACAAACAAUAGUCAUGUAACGAAAAGAAAUAGCCCUACAGCGUGGAACGAACAAGAAGUAUGGGGACCAUUAUUGGAAGACUGGACUAUAGGAGCAAAAAACUACAGGGAAAGUCGAGUAAUGCAGAUACCUAUAUCUGACUCAGCAUAUGUCGUCCAAGACAGAGCUGAUCCGGAUAUAAAAGAAAGCAAAGUUACACCUGGCAAAAUAAUCUCAAAUAAUAGUUAUAGGCCACCUAUAACAAAACCAGCGCAUCGACAGGUUUCAGAAACAGAUUUGUACCUUUUAGGGGCUAUAGAGAAACUUGUAUAUAAAGUAGACUUUAUGGAGAAAAGAUUGAGAAAAGUGGAAGAAAUGUUGUACUUUGUUAUGGCUGGUAACAGAAUCGAUACAGAUCCAUGUGUUGAAAAUUUUACUAGAGUUGGUAAAAAUUGCUAUAUGUUUGCGAGUGCAGCCGGUAGAGAAUAUGACUGGAAAGCAGCUAGCAAACAUUGUAAAAAAAUUGGUGCUGUUUUAGCAGAAAUGGAAACUAUAGAAGAAAAUCAAGAUGUAGUUGCCCAUAUUCAAACCAACAAUUAUUUAAAAGGUAAAGAUUUUUGGGUUGGAGGAUUAAAUCCAGGUCUUCUAUGGAUUUGGAGUAAUAGUGCUCGUCCAGUCCUACCUUCAAACACACACGAUAAUAAAGAAAACCCAUCUUCGACGAUUCAAGGAGACGGUCGAUGUUUAACACUUGCCUAUAAUCCAGCUUUACGUUCGUAUGCGUAUAAAGGGACUGACUGUUCUACUAGGUACAGUUAUAUCUGCGAAGCGCCGGAAAAUACAUCCAGUAAUGAAAUACAACGAAUUGGUAGAAGUAAAAAUAUAUUUGAUUAAAUACUAUAAGACAUAA